AUGUCAAGCAUAACCGGAACACCUGCAACCUGGGUAGUGGUUGGUGCUUCGCGAGGAAUCGGUCUUGAAUAUGUCAAGCAGCUCCUCCAAGCAGGAAACCGAGUCAUUGCGACUGCUCGCAACCCAGAUGCAUCAGGACUGUCAGCAGUCGUUAAGGCUCGUGGUAAUCCAGAAGAUUGUAUCAUCGAGAAGUGCGACGUUGCAAGUAGCGAAAGCAUCGAUAACUUUGCUGCCAGGAUGAGCGCGCUUGUGAACAAGGGAGUUAGAUUCGACAAUAUCGUCAUGAAUGCAGGUGUUCUCCGGUAUCCCAAUCGAGCGACGGAAUUAUCCUACGACAACUUCAAAUUUCACAUGGAAACCAACACCAUUGGGCCUAUCAUAUGCGCACAGAAGCUGGUCAACUUGAAUCCCGAAGGCCCUCCUUCCAAAUUGAUCUUCAUUUCAUCCGACUCCGGGUCAACCACGAACUUCCUGGCAUAUGAAGAUGGGUUCGCAGCAUAUGCGGCAAGCAAGGCUGCGCUGAACCAAAUGCUGAGACAUAUGGCGCAGGAGUUGAAAAGACGCGGUGGCAAGUGGGCUGAGAUAUGUGUUCUGGCUCUGCGUCCAGGCGAGGUGCACACGGACAUGAACUCAGGCGAAGUUGGGACCUGGGAUGUCGGAACGCUUUUGGAGCCAGAUGAGAGUGUUGAGGGAAUGCUCAAGGUGAUUAGUGAGAAGAACCAUAACGAUACUGGCACAUUCUGGUGCUGGGAUGGCAGAGCUUAUCCAUGGUAA